CUACCGAUUUCAAACGCGCUCAGUUCAUUUUGCUAUUGUCGUCUAAAUCUGUUGAUGCAUGCAUUUCACAUGUAUGUAUUCGAAUACAUACAUACAUUAACAUUAUAGAUAUCGUGCACCCGAAAAUUUGUAAAGCCGAGCAUGUGACAAAAUUUAAAUAAAUCGUUUUUGUGAUUUUUAAAGUUUUAUUUAACGAACAACCAAAAUACGUAAGCGUUUCAAACUUAAUAUACCUAACUGUUGGUAUAUUUAGCAUUUCUGGGAACGAAAAUACUCAAAAAUGAAUGCAUUAACUAAUGAAACAACUGUAACAUCCCAGACAUUAUUGACACCAUCUGCAACCACAACACCGAAGAAGUUUAAGGCGCCACAAUUUAAAGAUGACAGCUUGAUACUUUACUUUCAUCCAUAUAAUUUCCACUCGCAAAAAGUUAUUCUAAUACUUUACGAAAAGAAUAUCGACUUUGUGCCAUACGCCAUCGACUUAGCAAAUGGCGAACAGUACUCAGCAUGGUUCCUCAACCUCAAUCCAAAGGGAGAUGUGCCUGUCUUACAGGAUGGUGCUUUUGUUAUACCAGAUUCGAGUCACAUUAUCGGUUAUGUGGAAAAUAAAUUUAGAGGAAGUAUACAUAGCGCUCUGAAGCCGCGUGGCAACAAUGCGGAUGAAUUCAAGAAAAUGGAGUUCUUCGAGAGCAUAAUCAGUCAAUUGCCGGUGGGUGCGCUUAGUUUGGGCUCUUUCAUCCAUGAGGACCUGAAGUUGGUACCGAAACCACCCUUUAUUGGUCCAAUACGUAAAUCGUGCUUGAAGAAUAAUGAGAAAGUCUAUGAAUUACUAAAACAAUCGAUUGAUGAAGCCGAAACCAAUAAAGCGAGUCUAUUACGCAAACUGGAUAUCCAAGAUAAGCGCAAGCGGAUGGUUCAAUCUCGUGUUGAAUUUCAGAAAAUACUUGAUGCUGUUCAUAAUGUUUUGCGUUACAUCGAUAAUGAUUUUAAGGAGAAUAGUGGACGUGAAUGGCUGGUUUCAAACGAAUAUUCUUUAGCCGACGUGAGCUUUGGUUUACUACUGCAUCGGCUGUAUCAGUUGGGUUUCGAAAACUAUUACUGGUCAUAUGGUAAAAUGCCAUACGUAGAGAGUUAUUUUUUGCGAUUCAGAAAACGUCCUACCUAUCAGAAACUAAUGCCUAGCAAUUUUAAAAUACUGAAAGACAUUUGGCAGAACACGCCGGCCAAUUACAAGAUUGGAGCCGGUGCCGGAUUUCUAGGUAUGGCUAUGUUUGCUGCUCUUGCACACAAAUAAUUGAAUAGAGUUUUACAAGUAGAUGUGAGGGUUAUCUGCAAUUUAAGAUCAUCAGUAUUCGACCAACGUGGAAUCCAUUAAGAUAAUAACAGCCGAAUCAGUCAUAUAUCAAUUACUCUUAUUUUUAAAUAAUAAAGGUAAACUCCGAAGACACCAAAAGGAGAAACAUUUCGAUUAUUCGCAACAGGAAGUGAGACCGCUCCACAAAAUGUAUUAACCGCUGCGAAAAUGUAUUAACUAUCAGGUCUAAUAAAAUUAAAACAAUUUGAAUAUUUAAAAAAAACAUAAUUAUUUUAAAUAUGUGUAAAUCUAAAUGUAAAGACAUAAUUCAAUAAAAAUAUGUUAUUACCCUUGUUAUUUAAAAAAUA